GGGACUCUCUGAGGAAGGGGCAGUCCAGUCCUAGCCUGUGCUCCUGAAGUCACCGCCCCGGCUCGAGUGACUUGUGAGCGAGAAGGGGCGCCCACCCCACCCUCCGUGCGAGGCCGCCAGCACCGACACUGGCCUCCUUCCUCGAGCCUUCGCGGAACGUCGGCCACCCGCUGUACUCCGAGUGCGGGCUGUGCGGGCUCCUCGCCCUCGGGACUGGCGUUGUUGUUUUGUUUAAAGAACCUCAGUCCUUCUCAGUUCUUGGUGCGCUGUCUUUGGGAAUCCCUCUUGUUUAUUUUAUUAUCUUCCUCUUCGUUCUUUAUCCUCAAUUCCACUUCACUCCCCUUCACAGACACCCACUCUGGUGCAUUUAAAUGAGUGUCUUUACAGCCCACCUCAUUUCAGUUUGUGUAUGUAUUACCUUGAAAAAUUCAUCGAAUGGAUUCCAACUCAUAGCGACCCAGUGGAACAGAGUAGAACUGCCCAGUAGUGUUUCCUCGGCUGUAAUCUUUAUAGGAACAAUCGCCGGGUCUUUCUCCUGCUGAGCUGCUGGGUGGAUUCCAGCCGCCAACCUUUUGCCUAGCAGCCUAGCAUUUAACCAUUGUGGUUUUGAAUUCGUAUAAAUGUCAGUAUGCUGUAAAUAUUUUUAAGUCUCUUUUACUCAACCUUGUGUUCUUGAGAUAAUCCAUGCUAAUGCAUUGCCCACUGAGUCGAUUCUAGCUCAUGAGGACCCCAAGUAGAACUGCUCCAUAGCGUUUUCUUAGCAGUAGUCUCUAUGGAAGCAGCUCACCAGGCCUUUCUUCCGUGGUACUACUGGGUGGGUUGAAACUGCCAAACUUUAGGCUAGUAGGCAGCACCAUGUGUGCCACCCAAGGUCCUUCCAUCCAUGCUGCUGUAACAUAAAUAUGCUACGGUACAUAAGUCUAGUUUUCACUUUGCUGCAUGUGCUAUCCCAUGUGUAUACCAAAACCCGUUGCUGCUGAGUCGAUUCCAACUCAUAACGACCCUGUAGGACAGAGUAGAACGGCCCCAUAGGGUUUCCAAGGAGCGCCUGGUGGACUCGAACUGCCAACCUUUCAGUUAGCAUCUGUAGUUCUUAACCAUUACACCACCAGGGUUUCCACCCUAUGUGUAUAAACCCCUAAAAUGAAUAAAUAAAAUCUUACCCAUUCCCCUAGUGGUGGAUGCCUAGAUUGCUUUCAGUUUUUUUAACCACCAAAAACCGUACUGUAAUGAAUAUUCUGGAACUUUUCUCUUCUUGGAUAUAGGUGAGUUUCUCUUGGUUAUUCCCUCUUACCCCCACCCGCCGGGAUGCUGGAUCAUAUCUAAUUCUGCUAGAUUGUUCUUUGGAAUGGUCACACCAGUUUAUAUGUCCCACCAGCAGUACACAAAGGUUCCUGUUUCCUCAUAUUCCCCCAACACUUGGUAUUGUUCGGUUUUCUAAUUUUUAUCAAUCUGAUGGGUGUGAGGUGUAUCCCACUGUGUUAAUUUUCAUUUCUUAUAUUUAUUAGGAUUUGAGUUUUCAUUUUGUGGGUUGCCUGUUCAUAUCUUUUUCCACCUUUCUAUGCAUUUCCUGUCUUUGUGAUGUAUAGGACUUUCUUGUAUGUUCUAGAUUUUACAUUAUGCAAGUACCUUUUCCAAGUUUUAACUUAAUCAGUGGUAUUGGGUUGAAGAAAAAUAUUUAAUUGUGAUUAAGUUAAAUCCAUCAGGUUUUCCCUCUUACAGUUUGUAGGUUUGGGGUCUUAUUUGAGAAAUUUCUUCCCACUUAGACAUCAUUAAAAAAAAAAAAAACCCAAAACCAUUGCCAUAGAGCCCAUUCCAACUCAUGGCAACCCCAUGUGUUACAGAGUAGAACUACUCCAUAGGGUUUUUCUUGGCUGUAAUGCAGCCAUUUGAAAACUACUCUUGCCAUCCAGGGACCUUCAGCACCAUUAAAAUAUUGCUUAUUGAAAUAUUCUUCGGCAUUUCCUUCUGUUAACUUUUUUUUGUUUAUUGUGUUAUAGUUUAAAGUGUACAGAACAAAUUAGUUUCUCAUUAAACAAUUAAUACACAAAUUGUUUUGUGACAUUGGUUACCAACCCUGAGAUGUUUCAACGCUUUCCCCUCCUUCUGUUAACCUAGUAGUGUCAAAGUGUUACUUUUCACAUUUAGAUUUUUGAUCCAUUUGGAGUUUUUAAAAUUUAUUUUUUAAAUGGUUUGAGGUCAUAACCCAGAUUUUCCUUCACUGUUUCAAUUUACAGAUUAAUUUAUUUUAAUUAAUUAAUUUACAGAUGAGUGGAUAAACAAAAUGUGAUAUAGACAUACAAUGGAAUAUCACUCAGCCAUGAAGAGAAAUGGAGUGCUGGUACAUGCUACAUCAGUGAACCUUGAAAACACUGUGCUGAGUGAAAUAAGCCAGACUCAGUAGGACAAAUUCUGCCCAGGGUAGAUCUGCAAUUUCUCCAGCGGUUCCUUCAGAUACAGAAGGUUUUGUUUCCCUCUUGGUCAUCACAGAGUGCCUUGAUGUUCCUGACCCUUCUGUGUAUGGUCCUGGUGGAACAACUGGUUAUCUACCAGGUUGGCUUGAUUCCCAGUCAGUACUACCGGGUCCUGGGGAACAAAGACUUGGAUGGGUUUAAGAGCCUGACAUUCCUGGCUGUCAUGCUCAUCGUUCUCAACUCCACGCUCAAGAGCUUUGACCAGUUCACCUGCAACCUGCUGUACGUGAGCUGGAGGAAGGACCUCACUGAGUACCUUCAUCGCCUCUACUUCCGGGGCCGCGUGUACUACACCCUCAACGUGCUGCGGGAUGACGUCGAUAACCCAGACCAGCGCAUCAGCCAGGACGUGGAGCGUUUCUGCCGGCAGCUCAGCAGCAUGGCCAGCCAGCUGAUCAUCUCCCCCUUCACCCUCGUCUACUACACGUAUCAGUGCUUCCAAAGCACAGGCUGGCUCGGGCCUGUGAGCAUCUUCGGGUAUUUCAUCCUGGGGACCGUGGUGAACAAAAUUCUGAUGGGCCCCAUCGUGGCGAAGCUGGUGCAGCAGGAGAAGCUGGAGGGUGAUUUCAGGUUCAAGCACAUGCAGAUUCGGGUGAAUGCCGAGCCUGCUGCUUUCUACAGAGCUGGGCACGUGGAGCACAUGAGGACAGACCGCAGGCUGCAGAGGCUCCUGCAGACCCAGAGAGAGCUGAUGUCCAAGGAGCUCUGGCUGUCCAUUGGCGUCAACACGUUUGACUAUCUGGGCAGCAUCCUGAGUUACGUUGUCAUCGCAAUCCCCAUUUUCAGUGGGGUCUAUGGAGACCUGAGCCCCACAGAGCUUAGCACUCUGGUCAGCAAGAAUGCCUUCGUGUGCAUUUACCUCAUCAGCUGCUUCACCCGACUCAUUGACCUCUCUACUACGCUGUCCGAUGUGGCAGGGUACACGCACAGGAUUGGGGAGCUGCAGGAGACCCUGCUAGACAUGUCCCUGACGUCUCAGGACUCUGAGAACCUGGAUGAGAGUGAGUGGAACUUGGACAAGGCCCCAGGAUGGCCAGCAGAGCCAGCAGACACAGCUUUUGUCCUUGAGCGGGUCUCCAUCUCUGCCCCCUCCUCUGAUAAGCCCCUAAUCAAGGACCUGGGCCUGAAGAUCUCCGAGAGCCAGAGCCUGCUCAUCACGGGCAACACAGGCACUGGCAAGACCUCGUUGCUGCGGGUUCUGGGCGGUCUCUGGGCGAGCACACGGGGCUCAGUGCAGAUGCUGACAGACUUCGGACCCCACGGGGUGUUGUUCCUGCCACAAAAGCCCUUCUUCACUGAUGGGACCCUUCGAGAGCAGGUGAUUUAUCCCUUGAAGGAGAUCUACCCAGACUCAGGUUCUACUGAUGAUGAGAGGAUCAUGAGGUUCUUGGAGUUGGCGGGCCUGUCCAGCUUGGUGACAAGGACAGGGGGCCUGGACCAGCAAGUCGAUUGGAACUGGUACGACGUUUUGUCUCCCGGGGAGAUGCAGAGGCUCUCCUUCACCCGGCUCUUCUACCUGCAGCCAAAGUAUGCAGUGCUUGACGAAGCCACCAGUGCCCUGACAGAGGAGGUGGAGAGCGAGCUGUACCGCAUCUGCCAGCAGCUGGGGAUGACGUACGUCAGCGUGGGGCAUCGGCGCAGCCUUGAGAAGUUUCAUUCCUGGGUUCUCAAACUCUAUGGAGGAGGCAGAUGGGAGCUGACCAGAAUCAAAGCAGAAUGAAGUCAAGGAUACAAAUGGCCACCAAAAGGAAAGCCAAGCUCCAGCAGCUUGGGCAAUUCCCAGGAGAGACCGGGAAGACUGACCGGGGCAGGAAUGAGCCUGGGUUAGUCUCACAGGUCCUGUGUGGGGUUGCAGACAGCAGUGGGCUCAGCCUGGUCUGGGUCUCCAUGGGGCAUCCAGCCUCAGCCAGGGCUCCUGCUGCUUCAGCUGGACCCUCCGUGUACGAAGUGCUGAUUACUUAGAAGUUACUUCAGACCGUGUUUUUUACAGAAAAAUCUCAACAUGUGGGAUCUACAAGAAAUGAAGAGUCAAAGUGGAAAGAGAAUUGGAGUCAAGAGAUCCUGGAAUCUCUUGCUCUUAAAUCAGUUAAAUUUUGCAACAGUAGAUUUUUAACUUUAAUUAAACUAACCAUUUAAGUUUUAUAACUUUUUUAAAAAGAAAG